AGCAGUUACCCCAACGUAUACAAAGGCCGUUGCACGCACUUGCUUGGCACCAUAGGCUGAAGUGCCGAUACGGUAGCAUGUUGCAAGAGAUAUGACGAACUCCCAACACUUAGGAGUUCCUUUCAGACGUUCUAAGAUGUUUCUUCUGGAAUCUAGCCGCUUCCGUUCGUAGCCUUUUCCUCCGCUUUUGCAAACGCAAGCAUGGAAGUCGAGAAGCCUUCCUCGCGCAUCUGGCCCCGGUUGCCGCCGGAGUUGGCAGAACACGUCGUCAAGUUCCUACCCUCACACGAGAUUGCCUGCACAGUGCGCUUAGUAAACAAGGCUGCAGCAGCGCAGUUUCGCGGCACCCAACAUGUCAUCGUGCGCCUAUCAAAGCCAGUGCCCUUCCAUGCCCUUGCAUGGUACUUGAACAGGCCCGGCGCUAUGCAUCGCCUAACCUUCAGUGAAAAAAGGCGGCUCCUGUGCCUGAUAGCGUGCAGCGGCGACCCACGUAACUUGGCGUUGGCGGCAUCUUACACACAAUGCGUUGUCGGAGCUGAGGUCCUGGAAUCCGCCGCUGCCGCAGGUCAGCUGGCCGUCUGCCACUCGUUGCGGUCAGCUGGGUGCCCCUGGGGCUCGGCCCUAGCGUCCGCAGCAGAAGCAGGACAGCUAGAAGCGUGCAGAUGGCUCCUUGCCAACGGCUGCCCCUGGAGCAAGGCCGCGGUGCACGCAGCGGCUCGUAAGGGACACAGGGCCAUAGCGGCGUGGCUGCAGCAGCAGCGCCCGGAGGGAUCGAGACCAACGACACUGGAGGCCACGGUAGCAGCCAUGCUGCAUGGCUGCAGCCUUCAAGUAUUCUUAGAGGAACGGGCAGUGCGUGAAGGGCGUGUGGCUGCUGCUCUAUCAGAUGCGUCGGUCGCACGUCUGGUUUUGGGGGCCGCUGCCGGCAGCCCCACUGCCGACUGGCGUGCCAAGAUUGCAUGGUUGGAGGGGCUGGGCGUUCCCAAGUCCUCCGACGCCUGCCGUGAAGCAGCCGCCUGCCCGGAUGCAUUGGACCGGCUGCACUGGCUGCGGCAGCGGAGGUAUGCCGCGGCUGCUGACGCGGCCGCAGUUGCCGCCAAGCUCGGACGCACGGACGUCCUGGAGUACCUGCUCGGAGAGGGUGUCGUUCCGGACGUGUGGGCUGCUCGCUGGGCGGCGGAAGGCGGCCACGUGGCCGUACUGACGCUGCUCCAAAGCUGCGGCUGUCCUGUACGAGACAGCAUGGUGCUGUACGCUGCGGCCCGGACGGGUCAGAUGGCGGCCCUGCAGUGGUUGCUGCCUGGCGACGAGAGCGGGAGUGCGUACCUGUUCUACUGCGCCGCGCAGUCGGGUAGCGUUGAGCUGCUGGCGUGGCUGCGGGACCGCGGUUGCCCACGGGAUGCAACUGCGUUCCAGGGGGCUGCGCAGGCGGGAUGCGAGGAGGCGCUGGAGUGGCUUGUGGAGCAGGGCUGUCCCAUGCAGGUUGAUGGCACCGCCUACCUCGCAGCCGCGCGCAACGUCGACAUGGCCACGCUGCGCUAUCUGCGGCGGCUGGGCUGCCCCUGGGGCCCGCCCGGGUGGCUCUUCACGUCCUGCGUGCAGGAGCGCUGCUGCCUUCAUGUGCUGUUUUGGCUGCUGUUGGAGGGAUGUCCGGUGGACUGGGAGGCGGCGGUGGCGGCGGCGAGGCGGUUGGUGCAGGCGGGUGGCGGGGAGGUGCAUGCAUGGCUGGUGGAGCAGCAGCGGCAGCAGCGGCUGCGGCGGCAGCAGCAAAGGAGGCGGGUGGUAGGGCAGGUGGGGUUGCUGGCGGUAGGGGCGGUGUACGCGGGUUUGGCGGUGUGUACGAUGUGGAAGGCGAGGCAGGGGUGCGAGGGGUUGAGGGUUUGAGGGGCUGCUUUUUGCGAAUGGCUGCAGCGGAAAACUCUUACGCGUAGCAAGCGUGGUGGUACUUGUGUUGCUGGUAGCGUCCUCGGUGUUGUAAGAGUGUGUAGUUGAGCGGAAACAAGAGCAAGCAGUUGUUGUUGUAAGGGUGUGUUGGGUACACAAGAGGCCAUGUUGUGGCUUGAAGGCGGCCUUUGAAGCAGUGUUGUAAUGGCACGACAGAGAGCCAUGAUGCCCUGGAGCGGUGAACAGCCGUGGAAGCCUCCUCGAGUCGUAGUUCCCAUGUGUUACAUCCAGGUUACACCUGGUGGAGAAA